AGUCCACUGCCUUGGCUCCAGACUCGACGCGCCAAGCGCCAUCUUCCCGCGCCCACGCGUAAGGCCAUCAGAUGGAGCAGCCGGCAGCAACCGAGGAGGACCCCUUCUCCGAGUUCUUGUCCCAGGAGCCAACAGCUCCGGCCCCGCCAGCAGAGGGCGCUGAGUCCCUGCUUCGGCUGGUGGCGGAGUCGGCGCAGCGACAGGAGCAGCUGCUGGGCAAGGUGUGCAGCCUGCUGCUGGGCCUGGACGACAAGCUGGGCCGCAUCGCAGCGGCCCAGGAAAGGCUAGAAGAGACCAUGCAGCGUGGCGGCGGCGGCGGUGGCAGCAGCGGAGACUCUUUUACUGCUCGUGGGGGAACGGCGCCUGUGCCCCGUGGAAACUUGGUGGCUCCUCCUGGGAAAACCAGCUACAGCGGGCCACUUGGGCCCAGCGCCGCCGCUGGCCCCAGCCCCGAGGAGCAGCGCUUGGCACAGGAGCGCCUGGCCGCGGAUCGUUUGCGCAUGGAGGAGGAGAACCGACGCCGAGCAGAGGAGCUGGCCCGUAGACGCGAGGAGGACGAGCGCCGCAAGCGCGAGGAAGAGGAGCGCCGGCGUCAGGAGGAAGAGCGCCGGCGCGAAGAGGAGCGGUUGCGUAAGGAGGAGCUGGGCAAGAAGACGAGUGGGCUCAUGUCCGGGCUUCUCUCGAGCAGCGGCGGCGGCGGUUUGUUCGGGGACGAGGCGGCACCGAAGAGAUCCAGCAAGGGCGGGCUCUUCGACGACUGAGGUGCAGCCUGACCGGCCGGUCCGAAGGUUAGGGGGGCGAGUUGGCUAGGAUUGGCAGGUGGCCAUCCUUCGAAGUUUUGCUUUGUGACCGCUUGCUUCCAACACCCUGAGGCAUGCCAUGUAGCCGUCUCGCUUGCAGUCACCAAGGGGCGCCCAUUGCUCGCGCCCAUGGCAGCG